AUGCCAAACCACGCCAUCGCGACGCACGCCGGGCACCUCGGGUAUCCGGAGUCUUGGAAGGCAAGCACGAUGAGGGAGUGGGCUCUCCUCGGGUUCUUAAAUGUCUUGGACAGUUGGGGCGGGAAGAGGAUGGGGGGGUUGGCACGUCCCAUCACCGACGACGAACACACGGCCUCUGCGCUCCGUCUGACGUGCUGGCUGGAUCCAAGUCUCAGCAUCGCACGCCAUAACAGCGUCCGGGAGUCGGUCAAAACUCCCUUCGACCCUCCAAUCGAUCUGCGCCCGCCGCCGCCUCUUCCCUCCUCCUGCAUACGCCCAGAGAGCCUCCUCCGUCAAGACACCCGCCAGACGACCAGACGGGCAGACAAGAACGCCAUGGCCGUCGGACAUGACACGGGGUGA